AUGCCAACGACAAACCCAUUCUCCCCAUCCCUGCGUAUCAUCUCGACUCAUGACCCUGCCACCGGACGUGCAGUGUUCAGUGAUGUCCCCGAGCAUCCUCCGACUGGGGAAAUGCCUAGUUUCAUUGUCGGUAAUGAGCCAUCACGGAAUCUAAGGCUGUAUUCAACCAAUACGUUUCCUGUCAGCGGGCUGUCCCCAUCAUCUGAUGUCACCAGGGAAGAAGAUUCAAAUUCCGACCUCAAAUUCUAUGCUCAUGACCUAGACCAUCCUUCACCUCCAGAUGGGUCUAAUAAAAGUCAUACUUCAUGUAGAAUAUUUGAAUUGGCCCCAGCACACGAGGGACCAAUGCAUCGAACGAUCACUUUUGACUACUGCGUCGUGAUAGACGGCGUGAUUGAAUGGGAGCUUGACUCAGGCGAGAGGAGGAUAUUGAGAAAGGGCGAUGUCGCGAUCCAAAGAGGUACCGCACAUUCUUGGAAAAAUAUCACGCCUGCGGAAGAGAAUAACGGCUGGGCAAGGGUGUUCUUCGUGAUUUUGUCAAGUGAAAAGAUCAAGGUGAAAGAAGGGAGAGAGCUGGGUCAUGGGUUUAAUUUACCGAGCCUGAGAGAUUCAGCAAAGAGUCCCUAUUGA